GACGUUUUAUUACCUGAGAUUGGUGUAUGGCAGAUUUUUUUUUUCGUUAGAACAUUAGACAUGUACUUGCACUUACAUUAAAUUAUUUUAAAUUUGAAUGUACUUAGUUUAUUUGUGCAUUUCAACAAAUUUGAAAUUGAGGUAUCUACCUACCUAGAUUUCGUUUAAAAAACUCUAAUUGUAGUAAUAUUGGUGUGUUUAAUCAUGGUUGACGAGAAAGUGUUUUUGUGGAUAAAUCAAGAUUUGUUGGAAUGUUAUGCUCUAUACGUGGGAAUUUUACUAUUGAAAUGCUUCCUUAUGAUCCCUCACGUCGGUUUAAGUAGAGUUUAUUACAAGGCUCCAAGAAAUCCUGAAGAUGGAGCAAUAAUGAACGUGAAGGUUUAUACUAACGAAAAUGUAGAGAGAAUUCGAAGGGCGCAUUUGAACGAUUUGGAAAAUAUACCAUUUUUCAUCGCUAUCAGUUUCCUGUACUUGCUCACCGACCCGUCGGUAGAGCCCACCAAAUGGAUAAUACGAGUCUACGUCCUAUCCAGGAUAGUCUACACAAUACUCUACACAGUCUUCAAAACCAUAUGGAGAAUACCCGUCUUCGAAAUCGGACUUUUCACGAACUUUUACUUGUGCGGCAGCGUCAUUUACCAUUUCGCCGGGAAAUUCUAGCGCUUGUAGCAAAAAAUAUUUCCAUUCAUUAAAGUUUUACGAGUUCAUGAUGAGCAUAGGUGUUAUUUCUCAGCAAGCUCGUUCAUCAUU